CUGGUGCAUGUUUCUGAUAGACCGCAUUGCUGAGUCAUAGCUGGAAGGCCUGCGUGGAAAUUCCCCCCUUGGUUGUAGCAGGUCACUCCAUGUACCUCGCAGCCACCACCACUUCUGGCGGACGAUUCUAAAGGAAGGAAGGAUAAGGAAACCAACGGGGCAACUUGCGGACAAGCAACGUUCAGCCUUGGGAGGGGGGACGCAUCUUCACUAGAGAGGCCACUGCUCUGUGCUAUCAGGAUUCUCACCUGCUUCUCAGAGCCACCCACAACAGAGAAACCAUUCCUCUAGAGUGAUCGACAAGCAAAAGAAUAGAGGAUGGCGAGUCGACUACGUAACCCCUUGAAGGAACCAGAGAUUGAGCUGUUUGUGAAGGCUGGCUUGGAUGGGGAAAACAUUGGGAACUGCCCCUUCUGCCAGAGUCUUUUCAUGGUGCUGUGGCUCAAAGGCGUCCGAUUCAAUGUGACGACUGUUGACAUUGCAAAGAAACCCGAAGAGCUGAAGAAUCUGGCUCCGGGAACAAAACCUCCGUUCUUGGUGUUCAACAAGGAACUGAAAACUGACUUCUUGAAGAUCGAGGACUUCCUGGAACAAGCCUUGGCCCCUCCCAAGUAUCUUCACUUACAGUACCCUCAACUCACCCCCAAACACAGGGAGUCCCUGCAUGUUGGCGCAGACAUCUUUGCCAAGUUCUCUGCAUACAUCAAGAACCCUCAUAAAGAGGCCAACAAGAAUUUGGAGAAAGCUUUGCUGAGAGAGUUCAAGCGCCUGGACGAUUACCUGAACAGCCCACUCCCAGAGGAAAUUGACCAGGACAGCACUGAGGAGGUGCUGGUCUCUCGGAGGAAGUUCUUAGAUGGGGACUGGAUGACGUUAGCUGAUUGUAACCUGCUGCCCAAACUCAACAUCAUCAAGAUUGCCGCAAAGAAAUAUCGCAACUUUGAGAUCCCACGGGAGAUGACAGCAGUUUGGCGCUAUCUCCAAAAUGCUUACGCCCGCGAUGAGUUCAGCCACACCUGCCCAGCAGAUAGGGAGAUUGAACACACCUAUGCCAACGUGGCCAAGAAGAUGAGCUAAGGACAGGGUUCCGAGAAAGGCAGCCAAGGUGAUGUCUGGAGUUUCCAACUCUCCAUCCGGCUGGUUUUUGUCUGGAAGCUCUUUUUGUUGUGUUGGCUUCAUGAGAGCCCUUUGUUUGGACACUCCAGCAGACUAGACCUCAAGGAGCCCUUCAGCCUCUUUUGAAAAGAACCUUGCUUGCAGUUUCUGCUGUCACAUGUCUUCUUCCCACAAGCUGGCUGUUACCUAUGUAUUUUGUAUCUUAGCAUGCCUGCUUUAUACAUACCACUUUGUGGAAGCCAAAGCAGCUGAUUGCUCCUUAUCAUAAGUUGGAGAUGCUUAAGGCUGUCUGUGACUGAUUGCAAAAUUCGUCUUUGAGCCAGACCUCUGUGCAGCUGGACUUUGAAACUGUUUUCUACAGAUGCUGAGAAGUUCUUUUUCUCCAUGCUGGCUGCAGAAGACAUUGCAUAUACUUGCCUUCUGAAGCUUGAGCCUCCAGGCUAGAGUGCUGUCGGUUCUGCUGUUUCUCCUCUCAAGCAUAGAUUUGCUGUUUGUGGCCCACAGAAUGAGCUGAAGGCAUGUAGAGGCAUUCUGUGGCUGAUGUUAAGCAGUUAUGGCCCUGCAAAAGUCAUCUGUGCGCUAAGCCACUCUGAGCUCUCUGGAGGACAUAGGGUAUAAGCUAAAUAAACUAGAAAGCAGUCCAGAGCAAUAGAUCAAAUCCUUCCAGAGGAAACUCUGGUUUGCCCCCCUGGAAGAAUCUUCUCCGUCUGUAAGCCUGCCAUUUGGAGGAAACUUGCAUACAACAUACAAGUCACAUGCCCUCAACCUAACCUACCUCACAGGGUUGUUGUGAGGAAAAAUGGAGAAGAAAAUGAUGUAAGCUGCUUUGGGUCUCCAUUGGGGAGAAAGUGGGGUAUAAGUGAAGUAAAAUAAAAUAAACAAAAAAGUCA